AUGCUUGUAAAUACGAAAAAUAACACCAUCACUAGCAACGAGAUAAAUAUCGAAAAAGGACUCUUUCAGGGAGACAGGCUCAGCACUCUAUGGUUCUGCCUUGCCAUCAACUUCCUCAGUGGACUAUUGAACAACUCUGGAUAUGGGUACAUCAUAGACAAAACUAACAACACCAAAACAUCACACCAGCUCUAUGUUGAUGACCUUAAACUCUAUGCCGCUGAUAAAGCCCAACUAACCAGAAUGCUGAAAAUUGUAACAUCCUUCACUAAUACGAUCAGAAUGACAAUUGGAAUCGAUAAAUGUGCCACACUGCAUGUAGGAAGAGGAAAAAUUGUAGAGGGAGACCAGGAGCUCAUAAGAAAUGAGGAAACUAUCCAACCACUUGAACCCAAAGAAACAUACAAAUAUUUGGGAAUACAACAGGGGGUAGACAUUGAAACUAGAAUAGCGAAGAACACAUUUCAGGACAAAUUCUUUAGCAGACUACGGAAAAUUCUGCAAAGCAAACUAAAUGCAAAAGCUAUGUUCACCUCAGUUAACUCCUGGGCAAUGCCUGCUUUGACAUACUCAUUCGGCAUUGUCAAAUGGUCGAAAGAAGAACUCAAGACCAUGGACAUCAAAGUAAGAGCCCUACUAACAAAACAUGGAAUACAUCAUCCCCACGCUUCGGCAAACAGGCUGUACAUUCCAAGAAAGGAUGGAGGAAGGGGUCUUCAAAAUAUUGAGAUCACACACCACACCACUAUCUCAGAAAUGAGAAGAUACUUUCAUGCAAAGACCAAUAGCUUCAUCAGGACAAUCUGCAGGAUUGAUGAACACGUCACACCGCUGAACCUGGCUGCCCACACUCAACAGGCUCAGCAGGCUACAAUGUCAGGUUUCGCUGAGGAAUGGCAUGGUAAGGCACUACACGGCAGAUAUCCGACCGCUCUGAAAAGGGAAAAUGUAGACAGGGAGAGAUCUGUUACUUACCUCAAGGCUGGAUACCUCUUUCCGGAAACGGAAGGGAGAUUGGCGGCCAUACAGGAUCAGGUGGUUCCCACUCGAGCAUAUCUGAAAAAUAUUGCAAAAAAGAAUAUGAUAACUGACAAAUGCAGGAAAUGCUCACAUGCAACCGAAACCAUACAGCAUGUGAUGUCUUCUUGUCCGAUACUUGCUCCUAGGGAAUACACAGACCGUCAUAAUGCAAUGGCCAAAGUAUACCACCAAGAACUCGCACUGAAAUAUGGACUGAUUAGAAAACCAAAAAAAGUUCAUAAAUACGCACCUAAAGAACUGUUGCAAAAUGAUGAGGUGAAGCUAUAUUGGGACUUUCCACUUGUCACAGAUAGGCCAAUCCCUCACAACAGACCUGACAUCGUCAUCUUCGAGAAAACCGGAAGAAAGGUUACCAUAGUCGACAUCACCAUCCCAGCAGACGAUAAUGCGGAGAGAGCAUACACUGAAAAAAUAUCAAAAUAUCACGAUUUAGCAUUUGAGCUCAAGAGAACACAUAAACUUACCUACACAGCGAUCCUUCCUCUCAUAAUAACAACUAAUGGACUUGUAGAGAAACACCUAGCUGAAAAUACAAGACGCCUGAGACUGGACGAGAGAUUGAUCAGUGAUGCGCAGCGGGAGGUCAUCUUAUGGACGACGCGAAUACUGCGUGGGUUCCUCACCAGUGCAUAG